ACAAUAGCAUACAUCUCACGGCACGUAUCCAUAUCAUCUCACCUUCAAUCCAACCUCUACGUCAACAAUUUUUGACCCAAAAAACAUACCAAAUUUCCUAUAAAUUGGAACCUUCUGGUUCAUUUAUUUAAAACUAGUAUUUUAUUUUUUCUUGAAUGAUCUAUGGGUUUUCCAGUAGGAUAUACCGAGUUAUUUCUACCAAAACUUUUGAUACAUGUAUUGACAUUACUCGGAUUAAUUCGGAAAAUAAUUUCGGGAGUGUUUCGGCUACUGGGUCUAGGCGAAUUUUUAGAGCCCGAUUUCUCAACCGACCCGACCGAAACAGAGUCAUACAAUCAGUUCCAAUCUGUGUCGGCUAUGCUCCUCCGGGAACUACUUACGGUGGUGAAAUAUUCUGAGCUGGUGGAUCCGCCGGAGAGUUGUGCAGUGUGUUUGUAUGAGUUUGAUGGCGGAGAUGAAAUCCGGCGGCUGACAAACUGCCGGCAUAUAUUCCACAGGAGUUGUUUAGACCGGUGGAUGGACCAUGAUCAGAAAACAUGCCCACUUUGCCGGACACCAUUAAUACCUGAUCAUUUGAAAGAUUCUUUUAAUGAAGGGUUGUGGGCUGCUUCCGGUAUCGGUGAGUAUUACGACGAGUCGUCGUCGGAGAUGGUUAGUGAAUUCUAGACAUUGGAAUUAAAUUCCAAUAGUAGUUUUGUCUCUUUUUUUUCCCCCUUUUUUUUGGUAUUAACUUUUUAGUUUAGUUAGUAGAGAAAGAACGGUGAUACUGCGAUUGUAUUAUACGGAAUAUAUAUGUAUACACAAAUAUAUAUGUCAAAAAAGUAAUAGAAGAAAAAAAAAAAAAAAAG